CCCGGCCCGGGCCCGCUGCGGGAGCCGGGCGGAGGCCGGAGCCGGGAGCCGCAGGAGAUGGACAAACUGACCAUCAUCUCAGGAUGCCUCUUCCUGGCCGCCGACAUCUUCGCCAUCGCCAGCCUGGCCAACCCGGACUGGAUCAACACCGGCGAAUCCGCGGGUGCUCUCACAGUUGGCCUUGUGCGACAGUGUCAAACCAUCCAUGGACGUGACAGGACCUGUAUUCCUCCACGGCUGCCUCCUGAGUGGGUCACUACGUUAUUUUUCAUCAUUAUGGGAAUCAUUUCACUAACUGUCACAUGUGGUUUGCUGGUGGCUUCCCACUGGCGAAGAGAAGCUACUAAAUAUGCCCGCUGGAUAGCUUUCACUGGAAUGAUUCUAUUCUGCAUGGCAGCCCUAAUAUUCCCAAUAGGAUUUUACAUCAAUGAAGUUGGAGGUCAACCAUAUAAAUUACCCAAUAACACAGUUGUUGGGUCUUCGUAUGUACUGUUUGUCUUAUCCAUUUUCUUUACAAUAGUGGGACUUCUAUUUGCUGGCAAAGUUUGUUUACCUGGCUGAUGAAUGUCUGAACUGCAGGACUUUAUUUUGGAAAAGAGCAAGACAUCAGAAUUGCAUUCUCAGGAGGAUGCCUAGAUGAGACUAUCAAACACUUACUGAAAAGAGGAAUGCUUUGACUUGUUCUCACUAUGCACUUUGGAUGAAAAAAAAGGAGAGCCUUUCCCAUAACCAAAUACAGACAACGUUGAUUAAUCUCCUGAGCAUAUUUAAUGCAGUCAGGUCUGCACUGUGAUAGGAACUCGUGAAGAAUGCUUUACACUGAGAAGCAUAAUGCCCCACGUUACUGUAAUGUUCCUGUUUUUAAUGUCUAACGAUUUGGAAGUCAAAGUAUUUAUGAACUUUGUGGUAGACCAGAGGGUUGCAGAGGAAUUCAGGUGAGGCUGGCCUCACUGUUUAGGAGAUUAGUAUUUUACAUCUUCCUUCUGAUGAGCAAAGCCUUUGGCACCAAUGUGAUCAAUCUUGCAUUACUGCACCAAGAAGCCAAUAGAUGAAAACAUGUUCUCUAAAUGUAUGUAACAGCAAGACAUACAUCCCCCUCCUCCCCCAUAUGCUCUAGAAAAACACUA